UCUUCUUUCUUCUUUCUCUUACCUUUACACUCUCAUUGCUUUCUCAUAAUCUCUACUUAUUUGAAACUUUUGCGGUAUAAAGGAAGAACUGUGCAUACUACCGUUUCUAUCCUGGAUUAGCUCAAGUUUUCUGCGAAUUUGAAUGAAUUAACAGUUAGUAGUUGUUUGAUCUUCUUCUUUCGGACUGGUGAAGAGGUAAAUUACGAUCAGAAAUCUGUAAUUCUCAUGGCAAUGGAAGAGAUUGCAUCAUCAGCGGCUUCUGUUGUCGAGGAUUCGGUCCAACCGAUUGUAAAACGGAUCAGCGAUAUUGAUUUGGCAUCAAGGAAGACAGAGGAAGAUUCUCAAAGAAGAUAUGAAGCAGCUGGAUGGUUAAGAAAGACUGUAGGAGUUGUAGGCGGUAAAGAUUUGCCAGCAGAACCUUCAGAAGAAGAGUUUCGGAUUGGCUUACGGAGUGGUAUAAUCCUUUGUAAUGUACUCAACAAGGUUACACCUGGUGCAAUACCUAAAGUUGUUGAGGCGCCAUUAGAUAGUGUUGUUGUUCCGGAUGGGGCAGCUCUCUCUGUAUUCCAGUACUUUGAAAACACGAGGAAUUUCCUCAUAAAUGUGGAGGAAAUGGGUCUUCCAACAUUCGAAGCCUCUGAUCUAGAACUGGGUGGAAUGACUUCGAGGGUCGUGAACUGUGUGUUAUCCUUAAAAUCUUAUAAUGAUCGGAAACAGAAUGUUGGAAGUAGAUCCUUGAAGCUUGGGGGGAACAUUAAGUUCACUAGCUCUGCAAAACAGCUUGUACGUAAAGGUUCAGAACCGUUUAUGAAUUCCUUCUCAAGAAACUGGUUGACUGAGAAGUCUGUUGAUAGUUUGAACAAUGAACAAUCUGCAUGUGGUUAUCUUGAUUUUGAUCUCAAUGAAAUGUUGCAGGAUAACUCUUCUUUGCACAAUUUUGUCUCUGAGCUACUUUUGGACAAGAAGCCUGAGGAGAUCCCUCUUAUUGUGGAGAAUAUGAUUGGGAAAGUCAUGGAAGAGUAUGAGCAUCGGUUGAUCAGUCAAAUAGAACGGGUGAAAUCAUCUAUUCCUAGAGAAACAGGUCUUUCUAAUUCCAAUAUAAGGCAGCUUAUUCGCCACUCUUCUUUCGAAAAAAAUGUGGUGAAAUCAUCUAUUCCUAGAGAAACAACUGUCUCUGAUUCCAAUACAACUCGGCUUAAACUACAAUCUUCUGAAGAACAAAUCAUGGUGAAGUCGCCUAGUUGUGGAGAAACAUAUAUCUCUGAUUUGAAUCUCAGCCAGCCUAUGUUGCAAUCUUCUUCCCAAGAAAUUGUGAAGGAAGAUAUAGCAGUUGACAACAGCCUAAAUUUGGAUUGCUUGGCCAAGAAUAAUAAUUGCAUUAAAAUAUCAAAAGACCUAGUUUUGAAGCAACAAUUGCUAGUAGAACAACAACAAAGAGAUGUACAGAAAAUACAACUCUCUCUUCAAAUGACAAAAGUUGAUAUGCAGUCUUUGCAAACCAAAUAUCAAGAGGAUGUCAACAAUCUAGGUAAACACAUGAAACGUCUAGCUCAUGCUGCUUCUUCAUACCAAAAGGUUCUUGACGAAAACCGCAAGUUAUACAACCAAAUCCAAGACCUCAAAGGAAAUAUUAGAGUUUAUUGCAGGGUGCGACCAUUCAUGCCUGGCCAACCAAAUGGUGUUACAUCUGUGGAUAACAUAGAUGAUGGAAACAUCACUGUUCUUUUUCCUCCAAAAUACGGAAAAGGAGGGCGUAAAUCAUUUACCUUUAACAAAGUGUUUGGUCCAUCUGCAUCCCAAGCUGAGGUAUUCUCAGAUACUCAGCCUCUCAUUAGGUCCGUUCUUGAUGGCUAUAACGUUUGUAUAUUUGCAUAUGGCCAAACUGGAUCAGGAAAGACGUAUACAAUGACUGGACCAAAUGAGCUUACUGAGGAAGGUCUUGGGGUAAACUACAGGGCAUUGAGUGAUUUGUUUCUUAUCACUGAGCAGAGAAAGAAUACAACUGCAUAUGAGGUUUCUGUUCAGAUGAUUGAAAUCUACAAUGAACAAGUGCGAGAUCUCCUAGUAACCGAUGGUUCCCACAAAAAAGUAGAGAUUCGUAACACUGGUCAAAAAGGAAACAAUGUGCCAGAUGCAACCCGCAUGCCAGUUUCAUCAACAGACGAUGUUAUCACUUUCAUGAACCUUGGUCAUAAAAAUCGAGCAGUGGGUGCCACAGCCAUUAAUGACCGUAGUAGUCGUUCCCAUAGUUGCUUAACGAUUCAUGUUCAAGGAAGAGAAUUGACAUCUGGAACUGUAAUAUAUGGUUGCAUGCAUCUGGUUGAUCUGGCUGGCAGUGAAAGAGUUGAUAAAUCUGAGGUUGUAGGAGCUGCGUUAAAGGAGGCACAGCACAUUAAUAAAUCUCUUGCUGCUUUAGGUGAUGUAAUAGCUUCCCUUGCCCAAAAAAAUGCUCAUGUUCCUUACAGAAACAGUAAGCUAACACAGUUGCUCCAAGAUUCACUGGGAGGUCAAGCGAAGACUCUCAUGUUUAUUCACAUGAGUCCAGAGCCAGAUGCGAUUGGUGAAACACUAAGCACACUCAAAUUUGCAGAAAGAGUUUCUACCAUUGAGCUUGGUGCUGCUCGUGCUAACAAAGAGGGUGGAGAAGUCAAGGAGUUAAAGGAACAGAUUGCUAGUCUGAAGGCAGCCUUGGCAAGGAGUGAAGGAGAAUCAGGGCAUGAUCAACAACCCAAAUCUGGUAGCAGCUCAGAGAGACCAAAAUCUAGGCCUUCUGUUUCUCCUACAAUCUCUCGUUCCUCAAGUACUCUUUCAAGGCAACCGAUGGAAGAUGUUGGUAACAUAGAGGUUAGAAACCAUUUGGCAUUGAAGUCAAAUUCAGUAGUAGUAAGAUGUGAGAAGGAGGUGGGUUAUGGUGUUUGGGUUGAUAAGGCAAUGGUGAACAAACAAAAUGGUGGGUUGGAUAAUUGGGAAGAAGAGUACAUCAGAAUGCAGGAUUCUUCUUCUUCCAGUGGGAAACAUGGGGGAGAAGAUGACUCUGAUGAAGUUGACACUGCAACAAGCUAUUCUUCUGAGACUGAUUCUCUUUCUCUUUUUCAACUCAAAGUUCAUCUCUCUGUUCCUAAAGCUCAACAAUUCUCUGCUCCUAAAGCCAAGAGACCCAAUACAAAGCAAGCUAGUAAGGGCCAAGACAGGAGUGUAGCUUCUGCACCAGCUGCGAUGCUGCGAAAAACAUCGGUUUGUGCCGAAGGGAAGAGGAAAACCGGAGUGGCUGCGAAAUGAGAAUCGGGUGUGUAAUUCAUUGUUGUAUAUGAAUGGGAAUGAGUGAUUAUUAUAAAAAGAAAGGAAGAGUAUAUAUAUAUAUAUUCUCAAUUGUAUUUGGUUUCCUUUGGUCAUGUGAAUGAUUUUCUGUACAUUACACAUAUGGCUUAAGGAAAAAAAGAUAAAGAGUGUGAGUGUGUGUAUUUCAUUUGUUUUUUCUUAUGACACAAUUUGGGUGGCAGUUACUGGUCAAUGUGCUCCAAUAGCAAUAAACCCACAGGAGAGGUUAUAGGCUUAUAACCAUA